CUUGCUGCCCGUGGAUUGGAUACAUCGCGCUACACAGAUCAGCCUGUUCAGACUAAUAGCUCCUCAGUGGGGUAAAUCACUUUGUGUAGUUCACUGGGGAAAGAGGAGGAAGCUGACUUUAUGGGUCCCUUUCAACAAGUUGGAAAUCGCAAAUUCAACAAUGAGAGGUUUGGAAGGAAUCAGUGGCUAACAGCAAGCAUUUCAAAGCAACCACUAGCCUGCUUUCAGUGGAGUGGCUGUGUGUGUUUUCAGAGAUUCCACCCUAAAUACAGAGAAUGCCAGACUUUGAUGACAAAGUUUGAUGACAAAGUUUGAUGACAAAGUUUGAUGACAAAAUUUGCCCACAAAGGACCACCGUGCCACCUUCCUGUUUAAGUUAGCACAGCAUAAGGUAAUGACGUGGCUCAGGUUUGACCCCGGAGAUGCCGAAGAGACGAGACAUUCUGGCCAUCGUGUUGAUCGUGUUGCCUUGGACGCUACUUAUCACUGUUUGGCAUCAGAGUGCCAUCACCCCUCUGCUAGCUGCUCGAAAGUGUAAAGGUCAUUCCUCAAAUUCCCCAUGUAGGGGGUUUUAUGAUGACAGACAUGAGAGUCGGCGAGACUCCCGGAACGCCUUCACCCUCAAGGAGCCCUGCACCUCAGAGAACACCAAGGACAUUGUGGAGGUUGUGCGCACCGAGUACGUCUACAGCCGCCAGCCUCCCUGGUCUGAUGUCCUCCCCACCCUCCACGUCAUCACCCCAACCUACAGCCGGCCGGUCCAGAAGGCAGAGCUGACCCGUCUGGCCAACACCUUCCUCCACGUGCCCAACCUGCACUGGAUCCUGGUUGAGGACUCUCAGCGACGAACACUGCUAGUCACCAGGCUCCUUCAGGAAACAGGCCUGAACUACACCCACCUUAAUGUGGAGACACCCAGGAACUAUAAGCUGCGUGGGGACAUGAGGGACCCCAGGAUACCCCGGGGAACCAUGCAGAGGAACCUGGCUCUGCGCUGGCUUAGAGAGACCUUCAGCCCCAACAACAGCAACAGCCAGCCUGGUAUCGUCUACUUUGCAGACGAUGAUAACACCUAUAGUCUGGAUCUGUUUGAGGAGAUGCGUUCAACAAGGAAGGUGUCUGUGUGGCCUGUAGCCUUUGUGGGCGGCCUGCGGUACGAGUCCCCUAAAGUCAAUACCCUGGGCAAGGUUUACGGCUGGAAGACUGUGUUUGACCCCAACCGACCCUUUGCCAUAGACAUGGCUGGGUUUGCGGUGAACCUCCGCCUCAUUCUCUUUAAGCCUCAGGCCUACUUCAAGCUGCGGGGAGUCAAGGGAGGGUACCAGGAGAGCAGCUUACUGCGGGAGCUGGUCACCCUCAGCGACCUGGAGCCCAAGGCUGCUAAUUGCACUAAGGUUAUAUAUGGCUGGGAUUCCAAAUGGACUGACAAAAGACAAGCUCCGGGCAAGCAGGAUCAGGGUGAAAUAUAUAUUUACUGUAAUACGACUGUAAAGGGAGUAAGACAGCCUUAUUGUCUGCUACAAGCAGUACACAGCUACGUAUCAAUACAGGCAUAGAAUAUCAAAGCACAGAUUCAUGGAGGAUGGUGAUACUGUAUCUAGCUAAGCGCUUUACUGAUGCAUCAAUGGAAGACGCCCACAAGGAGCUUGCCAGUCGCCAGAGUGCAACUGAAGCAAAAGACUAUCGGAGGUUCAAACAACAUACAGUGGUCAACAGGAAGCGGCCUUAACCCAGCUGACACAAGCCAACAUGAUCGUAACCCAGGCACUGGACCACAUUGAAUCAAUCAGGGGCCCCGAAUGGCUUUUGUCUGUUGGUGAUUAGGCUCCUUUUGUUGUGGAGCGGACUGUACUUGGGGUGCAGAACAGAGCUGGAUAAAGUAGUUCUUGUCCGACUGGGGUCAGGAUUGACUGACAGACUGAUCUGGAAAGGACAUGAACCCUUCCCAUGUCCCAUUGUAAAACACUGAGCUAUUCAGACAGCUCUGCUCCCUCAAACCUAUCACUAAUUAGAACACGUCUCACACACAUACACGUCUGUACACAAACAUCCGCACGCAUACACGCACAGAGUAAUCAGUGUAGGAACAAUGAUUUAGCAUAACCCCCGUACUGUAAUGCCAGCUUUUAUUUGCUGUUGCAUCUUUUACUGAUCAUAUAACACUAUAUCAGCACUUUCAGAUCAGGGUCUGUUGUCUGUUACAGUUUCUCAAUCACGUACAAGCAUUUUUUUUAACAAUCGAUUUUCAAAACAGAGUUCACAAGACAGAACUCUGUGGCUUUUCGCAAAACAGGAAAUGGUUGCCUUACCAAAAUGUAUUUGCCUUCUCAAAUUAUAAAUACAUUAAAUCAAAACUAAAAUUGUACAUUCAAAAUUGCUAAUAAAUUGCUAAUAAAUUCAUCAAAACAACACGACUGCCUGCAAAAAGAUAAAUACAAAAUAUACUUAUCUCGAGGUCAAGUAGAAGACUCGAGAAAAAAAUCCCAGUAGAUCAAUAGAUUUUCCUUGCAGUUACUAAAUCAUGAUGAUCAAAAUUGUAAGUCCAACUAUCCAAAAGUGCAGAAUUAUGUGCAAUUACUCUCCUUUUAUGCAUAUUUCACCAAACAAUUUCAUACACAUUAAAUUAAAUAUAUUCCUGAUAAGAAACAAAAUUAGCACAUUGUGAUUCAUCGAUAUCAUCACAAUACAUAACUAUGAGCAAACCAGGCUUUGUAGACUCCAUUGGUGCACAGAAACACAAUCCAAAAUAGAAAUAAGGAAAGGUGAAUACAAUGGAAGAAUACAACUGGUAUGAAUGUAUAGGGAGGCCUCAAAGCAAAACCUCUGUAACAAUAGGGUCAGUAUCUCCUGUAAAAUCUAACACAAAACCCAAACCGGCUGCGCGCGUGCACCAUCGUGCGCCAUCGUGCAUACAUUUAUUUUGUCCCCCCACACCUAAUGCAAUCACGACACGCAGGUUAAAAUAUCAAAACAAACUCUGAACCAAUUAUAUUAAUUUGGGGACAGGUUGAAAAGCAUUAAACAUUUAUUGAAAUGUAGCUAGCUAACUUACUGUUGCUAGCUAAUUUGUCCUGGGAUAUAAACAUUGAGUUGUUAUUUUACCUGAAAUGCACAAGGUCCUCUACUCCGCCAAUUAAUCCACACAUAAAAUGGUCAACUGAAUCGUUUCUAGUCAAUCUCUCUUCCUUCCAGGCGUUUUCUUCUCUUUAUAUUGCGAUUGGCAACUUUCAUAAAUUAGGUGCAUUACCGCCACUGACCUUGUUCGUCUUUCAAGUCACCCACGUGGGCAUAACCAAUGAGGAGAUGGCACGUGGGUACCUGCUUCUAUAAACCAAUGAGGAGAUGGGAGAGGCAGGACUUGCAGCGCGAUCUGCAUCAGAAAUAGAACUGAUUUCUAUUUUCGCCUUUGGCAACAAAGACGCUCAUAGGCGCAUGCGAGCAGUUUUUAUUUUGCAACGCACUCUCACGUGACGCGAGCGGUGUGGUCAGCCUGUAAGAUAUGCAAGUCAGGUACACCAGCAAAAAAAUUAUCAGAAGUUCUGUAAAUGUAAUUUAGCAUUUGAUCAUUGAUUUUCUGCUAUAGUUUGUUUCAACACCGAUUCAAAAAUUCCUUGUAUGCGAUUGAGAAAAACACAUUUUGGAGUGAAAUACGCAUCACAUUUUUUCACCUCUCCAACAGACAAUUAGGUAAGGACAUUUGCCAAUGAAACGAGAGCGAGUCAAUUAAAUAUGAUUAUUUCACAACACAUACUACAUCAGUCACAGGAUAAAUGCCUUCCCUUGAUAUGCCAUUUUCUAACCAGUCUGGACCCCAAAUGGCACUUAAUGAUCUUUGAUCUGAUAUUCAAAAGUAAACAGAGGGAAUGUCUGCUUUGUAGACAACCACUGCAAUUACACAAAUUUACCCCACAUGUCAAUGUCUCUUUUAUUUUCCUUGUUUGACAUGGUUUAUUGUGACAAAUGGCUGAUAUUUACAUUUUUUUUCAAACAUAGCAUUGGUUUCCCUUUUUAUAAAGUAAAUCCUAUACAGUCCUGGUCUCAGGGAAGACCAAAUAAAAAUUGAAGUGCAAACAUA